AUGAAGAGAGCUGCAUCGGACACUGCUCUUCCAGAUGGGUUGCCGAAGAUGCAGCGUGUGGACCUCACUGAGGACAUACCGGAGUUUGUCGGUUUGAAGGGCCAGUUGUUGGUUGAUGCCAUUUUCCACAAGUAUGGACAAGGUGUCUCAACCAUCCCUUGGCUCAACGAAGACACCAAAGAGAGGAACAUCAAACCAGACCCCGUCAAUCGACCAGUGAUGGAGAGCCUCGCUGAGGCAUACAUGGACAGGAUAUUGACAUCAGGAAGAGCAUGGAUGGUAGCUGCGUCAACUACAAGUACUUUGCCUGCGCAGGCCAUCACCUACAAUCACCGCUCCGAAGCGAUGUAUCGGGCCAUUGCCAAGGAACCGUCGAAUCCCUACGUUCUGAAGAGUCUCAGAACGGGCUUGGAGAACGUCCGGAUUCUGUCAAGCAAGACUCCCGUUCAAAUCAGGGAAGUUCUAUGCGCAAUGCACAAUGCGUACCACGAUGGGACAGCAGAGACAUGGACAUCUCUGCUCGAUGUUGCCGAAGACGUCAUGAUUCAGUGGGAGCAGAAAGCCACUUCGGCUGGUCUUACCACGCGGAACUCCCAAUACGAGCAGAUUCUGGAGCGUUUCCUUUUCAAGGACAAGCAGAGCGUGACAGCCCCUUGGAACGGAUCUCUGAAUUUCUUCAAGAUCACCUCCGUGCUCAACAACCAUUUCAACCGUCAUCAGAUCAAAUCAGCAGUGCGUUCAUGGUGCAACAGCAACAUGAACUUCUCGGAUUUCAAGCUCAACAACAGGGACGUGAUCAUGAUGGUGCAUCAAUUGACCGUGAUAGUGGUCAAUGCCAUGAAAGGCUUCUAUGGCCGAGAGUUCAUCGGAAUUGCCCUCCAAGAAGCUGUGAAGUUUUGUGUGCUUUGGCUGGGGUUUGAGACCCUUUCCAUCAUGUCCUACCUGACUACCCCAAUGGCCACUAGCGCAGUGUUCAAGAAGCUUGAGGAAGAGCACAACUUCGAUGCUCCGACGCAUCAUGGCAGCGGAGACACGGACAAGGACAAGGACAAGUCCUUGCCAUCAAUCAAGCGUCGUGCUGGUGCUGGUGGUCGUGGUCAAGGAGCAGGUGGCGGCGGGAGGGGCAGGAAAGGUCGCAAGGGUGCUGAGAAAGAGGGUGAGGCAGUGGAUUGUGAUUUGGAGGACACGGGUGUGGCGAAGGAAGCAUGGUCCCCCAUGGCAUACCCACUCAUGUGUGACGGGGUUGGUGACUCAGGCAGUCGCCACAAGACAGCCCUUGAUGAUUUCAUGCACCAGUUUCUGCACAUCUCCACUGGCUUUGAGAAAAAACUUGGAUCCACUGAGAAGGCUUGUGACCAGUACAACUCCGCAGUGAUGACCCUCUUCGGGCACGCCAUGUCUUGCUUUUAUGAGUUCUGCUUCACAGGCUCAGUGGCCAUCAAUGGCAAGUUUGUGAAAUCGUACACCGCAUUCAGAGAUGAAAUGAGCACAUUCGUUUCAACAGGAUGUGCGCUGGCUUCUGGCAAGAAAGCCUUGUCUUUAGCCACCCAUAUUUCAGACAUGAUUGACGGUGACACGGCUGGGCUGUCCUUGGGUCAUGCAAAAGAUGAACCAGAUGAAGCCAAGACCACAAACCGCAUCAAGAUCGCGCUGCCCAUUGUCAUCAAGACAGGAAUGGAGACGUUUUUGCAUGAAGUGGUUCCACUGCCUUUGGAAUUCCAUGCGCAGUUUACCAGCGUGACUGGGCUAAUUGGGGAAAAUGAAUAUUCACUUGCUCAACAAAUCAACAAAGAUAAGAUUGGAUUCGAUGCCAGAUUGAGAUAUUAUAUAUAUAUAUAUUAUUUACAGAUAGCUAGCUGA